AUGGGAAAUGGUUUUAUUGAGGGCCGAGAACUCGAUAAUUUCCUCAAGGAGUUCGUUAGUUCGGUCAACACUACUGAUGUCGGACCGGAGGUGGUGUCCGAAUCCAUGUUCUCGGAGCUGAAGGAGUGUUUUAUGGAGGCCUACGACGACAAUAAGGAUGGAAAGAUAGAAAUACGAGAAUUGGCACAACUCCUGCCUCUAGAAGAAAGCUUUUUGCUUCUCUUCCGUUUCGAUAAUCCUCUCGAAUCGAGCGUUGAGUUUAUGAAGAUUUGGAGAGAAUAUGACACCGACGGCAGUGGCUAUAUAGAGGCCGAUGAGCUGAAGAACUUUCUAAAAGAUCUGUUGAAAGAAGCGAAACGUGAAUCGAUAGAUGAGGACAAACUCAUUGAAUACACCGACACUUUACUCAAUAUUUUCGACUCAAACAAAGACGGAAAACUGCAAUUGAGUGAAAUGGCUAAGCUUCUUCCAGUGAAAGAGAACUUCUUGUGUCGAAAUGCCUUCAGAGGCGCCACGAAACUCAAUAAAGAAGAUAUUGAACGGGUCUUCGCUUUAUAUGAUAGAGACAAGAAUGGCACCAUUGAGAAUGAAGAACUCAAAGGCUUUCUCAAGGAUUUACUGGAACUGGUCAAAAAGGACUACGACGCACAAGACCUAGGAGAGUUUCAAAAGGCUAUCCUUUCGGGCUGUGACUACAACAGAGACGGCAAAAUCAAUAAGAAAGAGCUGACUAUGAUUUUGCUGGCUUUGGCCAAACACUCGACCGAAUGAUGCGCUCAUUAUAACCAAUGCACUCAUCACGAAAAUACCACUAACUCUACACUAUUCAGUGCAGUAUAUAAUGUAAUAAUUCUUCUCAAAUACAGUAUAUAUUCAAUUAAAAAAUCUCUUCAAAUCUGAUAACUCUAUUGCAAUAUCGAAAUAAUGUCCACUGAUUUGGACGGCUUUUUGUGCCAAUAUAUCAACACUCUAUUCAUUAUUUAUUUGCACAUUUCAACACAAAUUUCUCCAACUUUGUCACACAUUAUAUAAAAUUAUAUAAUAAGUGGUCAACCCUCUGAUGAAUAUCUUGACUGUAUUCCUACAAAUUUGGACGAAAAGUGCUAAAAACAAAAUAAGUAUUAUAUGUCUUGAAUACCAAAUUGACAUUUGAAUCCAAAUAAAGUAUAUUAUGCAAUAUUGCUUCAAAACCUUACAAGAGAUAUUUGGAUACAAAAACACAACAGUGAGUUUUGAAUACAACACAUUAUGUAUUAUAAGAAAUUAUAUUUUGAGCAAACAAUAAAAGUUGCAAUAAGUAUUAAUCUAAAGUGCUUAAAAUAAAUAGACAAUAUUCUUUCAAUAAGAAGAUUUUGGUGGUUUCAUCCAAUUUGUGGGAAUACGGCUUAAGGAGUUUGACAGAGAGUUUGUUCACUAUAUUUACUAAUUAUAAAUAAAAGGCUAGAAUUUAAACAUUAAUCAAGAAUUAGCAAGUUACAGAUUCUAACUAUUAUUAUAAUGCAUUAUAGUUAACAAGAAAAGCUAAAUAAUGAAUCCCUGUUUCACAUG